AUGCCCAGCUCUACUGCAAUGGCAAUUGGAGCUCUCUCUAGUUCUCUUCUCGUAACCUGCUGCCUCAUGGUUGCCCUCUGUAGCUCCACCAUACCCGUACAAAAACUGGCCAAGGCUCAAGACAAACAGGAGAUAAAGGCGAGCCAGGAAAAGAGAGAUCACACAUCUACAAGGGACAGCCAGACAGGCCCGGGGAAAAUGAAUGAGAUCGGCAGGAGUGGAAGGGAGGAGGGUAGCAGGGACUGGAAGAGCAAAGGAAACAGGAACUACUCGAACAAGGAGUCUUGGACUAAGCAAAAGCAGGCUUGGAACAGCCAGGGGACGAGCAGUAAAUCCGGGAGCAUUCAGAUGCAAGAGCAAAGGGACGCUGCUCCUGAGGAACCUCAGGUGGCUGAAGAUUCAUCUCUCCCAGAAGCUGUUGCGAGCGUCACCCCCGAGCCUCCGGAGGAGUACGCCUAUCCGGACUACCGUGGGAAAGGCUGUGUGGAUGAGAGCGGCUUCGUUUAUGCCAUCGGGGAGAAGUUUGCGCCGGGCCCCUCUGCCUGCCCCUGCCUCUGCACCGAAGAGGGCCCGCUGUGCAUACAGCCCGAGUGCCCCAGGCUCCACCCUCGGUGCGUCCAUGUGGACACCACGCAGUGCUGCCCGCAGUGCAAGGAGAGGAAGAACUACUGCGAGUUUCGAGGGAAAACCUACCAGACCCUAGAGGAGUUCAUGGUAAGGGCUGAAGCCGAAAGUCAUUUUGUGGGUCCUUCUCUCGUUUAA